AUGAAUAACCCUGAGUUCCGCCAAACGCUUCAGCACAUCACCCAUAACCUCGAGACCGCCAACCAAACCGCGCAAGAGAACAUCUAUUCGUUCACUCAACGCUACAUUGAUCCUUGUUUGUCCGGAUUGAAGUCUUGUGUUGUGGACUGCACUGCACCCUGCUUACCCAAUAGGGAAGGCCAUCUGCGCCGCAAGAGAGGGAGGUCGCGUGGAAGAGCUGAAUACAAUUUCGACUUCUAUGAGGCAUGGGACGAUGACGAAGCGCUCGCUUCACCCUCUACGGCGUGGGGAAACGAUGAGCUGGACAGCUUACUGGCAGGUCAUGGCUCUAGAGCAGAUCAGCCACGACGACAGCGGGCAAUGAGCUACGGCUCUCGGGGAAGACGGAAAACGAACAUACUGCAGGGUGACCCCGAUCCGGACCCUACUAUAAUUCCAAGCUCCUCAUAUCUGGGUUUUCUGGAACGGUUGCCAUGGAAGCUGGGUGCCAGGAAGUUGCGAUAUAAGCCCUCGGCGGCAGACUUGCAGGAACACCCGGGAGCUGCACGACCGCAUCCUGCAGAGGUUGAACCGCUGAUUGAGGAGCACGAUGAAGACUCCAACACCUGGAAGAAAGGACAUGGUCGACAAAGGAGUGAUACUAACGCUUCUCGAUCCACGACCAAUUCACUUAGCUCUAGGGGAGAUUUGAUCAUGAGCGACGAAGAGGAUGACGCAGUCCCACUGGACGAUGAAUUCGCAUCAACCAUGCUGGUUCGAAGAAGCACUAAUCUGGGUACGGGUACAGUGGAAGACCAAAGCAGUAGCAAGACGAGGACUCCCAGUGGAAAGCGUCCUGGAGCACUUCGCACGUCAACGAGAACGCCAUCUUCGAAGUCGAUACAAAGCCCCGGGAUGCAAAGUCAAAGGUCUUCGUCACAGAAGAGUCUUGCUCCGCCUGCAUCUCCCACUCCCAAGAGAGAACGCGGGGAACUACCUACAUUGCUUGAUCUUAAGCUUCAAGAGGAGGAAGUAGCAAGACAGGAAGAGUUAGAGAUCAAGCAGAAAAGAGAGGCCGCACACAGGUUAGCCGUACAGCGAGGCCUGAGCGGGGGAAGCACAGUGUCUGCGGCAGUCGAUGCUUCUGCGAAAGAAGACGAGACGAUCAGCAACAACGCUGAGGAGGCUGAUGAAGACAGCAGUUCGACGUCUUCUGAACCUCAAGUUAUCGCGGAUAAUCCUGCGGGUCAAUCUCAAGAAAUGGGGAUGGAUGGUAAAGACCCGACAUGA